AUGUUCCUCGUAAAUAUUCCUCUAACGUGUUGUUUUUUAACAGCAGUGCUUACAAAUCCGGCUUUAUCAACUCCUGCACUGCAAUAUUACCUACCCAAAUACGCGUUAUAUCCACCAGCAGGUGAACAACCAAAUUACCCAGCAGUUCAUCCAUUCCAAAAAUCACCUAAAUUGCCACCAAGAGAUGACAUUCUCAACUAUGAAGAAGUACCGCUCGUCCUGGAACCACAUCAACAAAACGUUAAACUAAUGGUUCGCACAAGUUCGGCUCUUCAUCCUAACAAUUUUCAAAACGCCAAAUUAAAAAAAUCAAAUGAGGAAAGAAAAUUAUUUUUAAAAUCCAAAAUUCUAUCACCGAAAACGCUUGGCUCACAGAACCGCGAAACAUCGCUCAAAAUCCCAGCUCAACCACAAAUAGCACCAAUCACGAAUCCAUCUCAUUAUUAUCUUAGCGGUGCUAAUUUCACAAAUGUGGAAACUCCGAAAUGUGCAAUAAUACGAUGUGAUGGUCCAACAGCAGACGAUGGGAGCAUUAUUUUCGCACAGUACGAAGAAAAUGGUAACAAUUCUUGCCAUCAGACGUUCGUUCCGAUGAACUCAUGCAUUGGAAAUAAAGGUUACCCAGUUGGUAUGGUAUGCACUAUUUGUUGCGAUUGUACUAGCUCCUUUGUCAGUGAAAUGCAUCAAACAAGAGGUUAUAAAGAAGGUUUCAGUCGUAAAUGA